AUGCUCCAGACCAUAUCCACGACUAUGCCAAAUGCCUUCGAGCGCCCGCUAGGUUCCACGAGAUAUGAUAAAUUUGAAAACGGCAAGAGCGCAUGGGAUGCGAACAGAUCCAUUUGGCAGGACGACGGGGCAGGAGCGGAGACCACAAGACCGGCGGCAACCAGGCAGACUUCCUCUAGCAGAGUCACUAAGGCAUCGACCGGCGCUGCUUUGGCGACUUUAGAGAACCCGCGGAAUACUGCCAACGAUGCUGGAACUAUCUGGGGAGUCGCAUCUAAUACUCGUCAGCCCUCGAAUUCUACCUCCCCGACCAAGCAAAAGGGUAGUGGUUGGCUCUUCGAAAGCAAAGGUCACGAUCUCGAGAGCUCGUCAAGUUUGUUGGCAGGCAGUGCGCCAGAGUUCGAGCCAUUCGGGAAAGAGAACCAGCAGAUCAGGAACAGACCACUUCGCUUGUCUGGCGAUACUCUGUCGUACGAUUCACAAUUCGCUCCUUCUCUACGGUCGACUGGCCCUUCGCAACUUCCUGCACCGGAUCGUACACUCAGAAAUGACGUUGGCUUCAACAGCACGCUGGCAGGUCCCACUGACAGCGUCAAUCAUAUUUCCUCGAACUAUUCCUCCAAGAUUACGUUGCACGGUCUCGGCAUGGAUGCUGCUACAACAGCAUAUCACCUUCCAGGACGUGUCAGCCACGAUGCCACCUCUCCUACGUUGACUCGGUUUGCUCGUCAAGCAAAUGGCUAUCUGGAGAGAACUGUCGGCUCGGCUGACAAAACGUCCAGCAAUACGUCUGGCAAUUUCCGGAACAUAGAGGUCGACAAGAAGUCGUUUCCGUACAGCAAGUUCCAGUCGUCAUCAGCAAACCUAGAUCGCGAGGUAUACGUAGUACAAGAUGACUUCGCACCUGAGACACUGGCAGGAGCCUAUGAAGCCGGCAAUUUCUACGACUCGAGCAUCUAUUAUGAUCAAGAAUCUGGUCCUAAGCCGUCUCAGCACUUGAAUCAACAAUAUACAGGCCUCGACGGGAGAUCUCGGUUAGACUAUUUGGUACAAAGUCACAAUCUUCCAAAUAGCGGAUAUCAUUCGGCGUCUCUAACGCCAACAUCUGGAACAGAAUCGCAGAUCGAGAGCGGUGCGACGAGCCGGACCUCUCAUCAUGACUUGGCAGUGGCCGGGCAGCUCGGAGGUCCCGAUGACUAUGCUGCCUAUGUCAGUAACGGAGUCGUGGUGCCCCUGAGCAUGGUGCGCAGUUAUGGAAUGCAGAUGAGCCCACAUGCUCAAAGCUACCCUUACUAUGGUUUCCCUGGCUACGGUCUCACCCAAGGUCCGCUCCGGCAGCUCCCACCAGUCCGCAGUGCUCUCCUCGAAGAGUUUCGUCUCCAUCGAACGACCAAGCGUUACGAGCUCAGGGACAUCUUUGAUCAUGUCGUAGAGUUUAGUGGAGAUCAACAUGGCUCUCGGUUCAUCCAGACAAAGCUCGAGAACGCCAAUUCGGACGACAAGGAGCAGAUCUUCAAGGAGAUCCAAUCGAACUCACUUCAACUAAUGACUGACCUCUUCGGGAAUUACGUGAUUCAGAAGCUCUUUGAGCACGGCAAUCAGUCGCAGAAGAGAGCUCUCGCAGACUCGAUGCGCGGACAUGUUGCGGCAUUGUCUGUCCAGAUGUACGGCUGCCGUGUAGUGCAAAAGGCUUUGGAAUAUGUUCUUUCGGAUCAACAAGCGAGCAUUGUAAAGGAACUCGAUGGCCCGCAAAAGCAUAUCAUCAAGGUCAUCAAGGAUCAGAAUGGCAAUCACGUUGUCCAGAAGGCCAUUGAGCGAGUUCCUGCCGAGCACAUCCAAUUCAUCGUUGAAGCUCACCGCGACGAUGUCGUCAAGCUCGCGACUCACACGUAUGGCUGCCGGGUCAUACAGCGAAUACUCGAAUACUGCACGCCCGCGGCCAAGCGGAUCAUUCUCGAUGAAGUCCUGGUUUGCCUUCCACCGUUGAUCACCGACGCGUUUGGUAAUUAUGUUGUUCAACAUGUCAUUCAGAAAGGCGAGCCUCCGAUCGACGUCGGCAACGUCGUGGAGAUGUGUUUGGAUCACGCGGACGAAGAUCAGCGUAGCAGGAUGGUGUCGAAGCUGAUCGGCGUCAACGCCGAAACUGGACAGACAGCCGUGCUAAGUCUGUUGCGGGAUCAAUACGGAAACUAUGUCAUACAGAAAAUCUACGGGCUUCUGACGGGCGUCCAGAAGGCUCAGCUUGAAGAUGAGAUGCAUGGGUGUUUCAUGCAGCUGAAGCGCACCAGCUAUGGCAAACAGGUCGUAGCAAUCGAAAAGCUCCUAUACGGUGGACACCCGCCUUUAGCGCUCCCAGGACCUCCUCCAUCAGGCCCCCAGCAGCAACAACAACACCCACAGAUGCAACUCCAGCGGCCGCCAACUGGCCCCCAUGCGACAGUCAAAGCUAUCGGUCGUGAUGUGGCACGACCAAUCCAUCAGAUGCAAUUCGGAAACCAGCCCCCCUUCCACUAUCGACCUUCCGAUCAUCGGCAAAUGGGUGUCCAGGACCACCGGUCUCAGCAGCAGCAUUACUAUGCUCCACAUCGACAGCAUGCCACUGGCGUUUCGAGACGGUAG